AUGGAGUCGUACAAGAAGCUGGAAACGAUCUUUACGAAGGUCUACCGCCUGGACCACUUCCUCGGUCUCGGCAAUUGGGACAUGAACACAAACAUGCCCCCCAAAGGCGAGGAAUCUCGCGGGGAGGCGAUGGCGAUGCUCUCGGAGCUGCGCUUUGGCUUCAUCACGGCACCGGAGGUGAAGGACCUGAUUGAGAGCGCCACCAAGGGCAGCGACAAGCUGAAUGCGGUUCAGCGCGCAAACUUGCGUGAGAUGAAGCGUGCAUGGAAGAGCGCUACCGCCUUGCCGGCAGAGUUUGUGGGCCGCAAGAUGCGCCUCACGACACAAGCGCACAGCGUGUGGCGCGACAGCCGCAAAGCCAAUGACUUCGUCAAGUUCCUACCGGUGCUUAGGGACCUGGUGGCGCUCGCCCGUGAGGAGGGCGCCUACCUUGCUGCUGGCACCUCCCUAUCCCCGUACGAGGCGCUCAUGAACGAGUACGAGCCAGGCAUCACGACACAGAAGCUGGAUGAGGUGUAUGCAAAUGUAAAGUCCUGGCUGCCGCAGCUGCUCAAGGACAUUGUGCAGAAGCAGUCCGGCGACGCGGUGAUAGCGUUCUCGCAGAAGUUCCCGCAGGACAAGCAGGAAGCACUGUGCAAGGAGUUCAUGAAAAUCUGGCACUUCGACACCGACGCCGGUCGCCUCGACGUCAGCCCCCACCCUUUCACGGGAAUGACGAAGGAGGACUGCCGACUAACAACAAACUACAUCGACGACACGUUUGUGCAGAGCUUGUACGGCGUCAUCCACGAGAGUGGUCAUGGCAAGUACGAGCAGAACUGUGGCCCACGCGAGCACAUCACGCAGCCGGUGUGUAACGCCCGCUCUCUUGGCCUGCAUGAGAGCCAGAGCCUCUUUGCGGAGUUUCAGAUUGGCCACGCGACGCCCUUCAUCGACUACCUCACAACUCGCCUUCCUGAGUUCUUCGAGGCGCAGCCAGCGUUUUCGCAGGACAAUAUGCGCAAGUCGCUGCAGCAGGUGAAGCCUGGCUACAUCCGCAUCGAUGCGGAUGAGGUGUGCUACCCUCUGCACGUGAUCCUGCGCUACGAGAUCGAGCGCGACUUGAUGGAGGGCAAGUUGGAGGUGGAGGAUGUGCCGCGCGCGUGGAAUGCGAAGAUGCAGGAGUACUUGGGUCUCUCAACGGAGGGCCGUGACGAUGUCGGGUGCCUGCAGGACGUGCAUUGGUCCAUGGGUGCGCUCGGCUACUUCCCGACGUACUCGCUCGGUGCCAUGUAUGCGGCGCAGAUUAUGGCGAGCAUCCGGAAGGAGCUGGGAGACGACAAGGUGGACGAGUGCCUACGCACCGGUGAGCUCGGCCCCCUCCUGGAGAAGCAGAAGGAGAAGAUCUGGGACCAUGGCUGUGUGUACGAGACGGACGACCUCAUGACACGUGCAACAGGCGAGACACUGAACCCCGAGUACCUGCACCGCCACCUGGAGGCGCGCUACCUAAAGGCCUGA